UCCAGUGUACAUGGCCGUAGUGGGAUUCUACAGCUACGUGUUCCCUCACCUGGGGGACGGGCCUCUGUGGACAGAGCGACUGACGCAGGAGGUGGACCGGUGCAAGCACAACUGGUGGACAAACCUUCUGUUUAUCAACAAUUAUGUCAAUAGUGACAACCAGUGUAUGGUACAGUCGUGGUACCUAGCGUGUGAUAUGCAGUUCUUCAUGGUAGGGUCCGUGCUGGUGUACGUGUUGUGGAGGUGGCCAUGCCUGGGCCAGACUCUGCUGUGGAUCACCCUUGUAGCCUCCAUCACUACCCCAGCCAUCAUAACUUACCAAAACAGAUACUACGGCACCGUCCUCCACUACAUGAGCCUAAUGAAAGACCCAAUGUCUGUACAACACUAUCGGGAUAUGUACAUCCCGGGACACAACAGGAUCGGACCUUACCUUGUGGGGAUCAUCACUGCAUCCUACUACUUGCAGCUGAAACUGCACAACUUCAAGUUCACUCCGGUGACCUUGGCAGUGGGGUCGGUGGUUGCUGGCACUCUGCUACUCGGCAGCUGCCUCACAGGCUGGAUCUGCUAUGACAGGGCCCGACCCUACAGUCUCUGGGAGAACACGCUGUAUGCGGGCAUUCACCGAUCCGUCUGGGCUCUGGGAAUGUCGUGGUUCAUCGUCGCAGAGGGCACCACUGGCUUCGGAACCUUCUACAAAGUGGUAAAGCAUAGGUUUUUCACACCGUUUGGGCGUCUGACGUAUUGCGUGUUCCUUGUGCACACGAUCCCGCAGAUAUAUCUCACGUCGUCAACCAGGGUGCCAGAAUAUCUCACUGUACCCAAACUGUUCUGGGUAGUGACGGGAGACGCUGCGUCUGCCUACAUCUUGGCUCUCUACCUGAACCUAUUCUUCGAGGCUCCUCUGGACAGGCUGCAGAAGAAAACUAUAAAGCGACUAUUAAAACCUGGAGGUGAGGCCAAACCACAAGCCACAGAGUUAUCCCAGACUGGAGUAAAUGGUGGAGGAAGAACACAGUAGAAGCUUCCUGUCAGCCCGAGAUACUACACAAAUAACUCCAUGUUAUUGUUAUACACUAUGAGUGGUGCUAUACCCUUUCUUACCGUCGAGCUGUAUAUACGAGUGUUAUUUCUUCUACAAUAAUUUAUUUAACAACAAACCAACAUCAAGAGAGAUAUAAACAAUUAUUAAAUGUUAUUUUAAUGAUAGUUAUGCGAUUUUAAUUUGUGAUUACUCACUAAUAUUGUCUUGCAAAUUCUAUUAAAUUAUCGUUUUUAAAUUAAAAGAAAAAUGUAACGACACAUAGCUUAGUUCAGAGUUUUUUAUUAUAUUGUUUUCUUCUUGGUGCUUUUACUCGACAAUUCGUCAAGCAUUCAAUAUAUAUUUCUUUAUUUAAUUAGAUUUGUUGUAAUAUAAUGUGUUAUAAAACCGCUGUCGAGAAUGAAAAAAGUGUCCUUAAGAAUUUAAUUUAAAUGUUUAAAAAAGAUACAUGGAAAGUGAAGUAUUUACCAGGAAUAUAUCAAGUCUCAAAGAGGAAACAUGAUUAUGUGCAAUAUACCAGAAACUAGAAGAUAAAUACAAAAAUUUUAAGAAAACAAUGCAAUUAACCUAGUAG